ACGGUCAACUAUACCAAUGGGAUCUUGGAAGAGUCUAAGCGACAGCCAAACUGACCAAUCAAUAUGAGUAAGGAGGGACUUUGAGUACGGAAGCUUCCCCCGGACAUGAGGAACGGAAUGUGGGAAACACCCGGUGAAGGGACAAACCGGCAGGUUCCCUCGAUCUCGGACCCCUUGUUCCCAGGCUAUGGCCCCAAGUGCCCUGUAGACCUGGCGAGCCCCCUGCGCUUACUACGCCGACUUGGGGGUCUGGGUGGCUACUGGAGGGGCAGAGAAGGCAGGAGCAUGACCUCUACGGCCUCUGAACCCCCCCCGGGGCACAGCGUGACGGCUGGCAUCAUCAUUGUUGGAGAUGAGAUCCUCAAGGGACACACUCAGGACACCAACACCUAUUUUCUGUGCCGGACACUGCGUUCCUUGGGGGUCCAGGUUUGCCGAGUCUCUGUCAUACCUGAUGAGGUAGCCACCAUUGCAGCUGAGGUGACUUCUUUCUCCAGUCGCUUCACCCAUGUUCUCACAGCAGGGGGCAUCGGCCCCACUCAUGAUGAUGUGACCUUUGAGGCAGUGGCAAAGGCCUUUGGGGACGAGCUGAAGCCACACCCUGAGCUGGAAGCAGCCACCAAAGCCCUAGGAGGGGAGGGCUGGGAGAAGCUGUCGCUGGUGCCUUCCUCUGCCCGCCUGCAUUAUGGCACAGAUCCGCACACCGGUCACCCCUUCAGAUUCCCGCUGGUCUCCGUCCGAAAUGUCUACCUCUUCCCAGGCAUUCCGGAGCUGCUGCAGCGAGUGCUAGAGGGACUAAAGGGACUGUUCCAAAACACAGCCGUUCAGUUCCAUUCUCAGGAGCUGUACGUGGCUGCUGACGAGGCCUCUAUCGCCCACACCCUGGCUGAGGCCCAGGCCCACUUUGGGCAGAGGCUGAGCCUGGGCUCCUACCCUGACUGGGGCAGCAACUACUAUCAGGUGAAGCUGACUCUAGACUCGGAGGAGGAAGGGCCCCUGGAAGAGUGCCUGGCUUACCUGACUGCCCACUUGCCCCAGGGGUCACUGGUCCCCUACAUGCCCAAUGCUGUGGAGCAGGCCAGUGAGGCUGUAUACAAACUUGCAGAAUCAGGGUCUUCUUUGGGGGAAAAGGUGGCAAGUGCCCUACAGACCAUUGAGACUGCACUGGCUCGAUACAACCUCACCCAGCUUUGUGUGGGCUUCAAUGGGGGCAAGGACUGCACUGCCCUCCUGCACCUCUUCCAUGCUGCUGUGCAGAGGAAAUUCCUUGAUGUUCCAAAAUCCCUCCAGAUCCUGUAUAUCCGCGACAUCUCCCCUUUCCCUGAGCUGGAACAGUUUUUACAGGACACCAUCAAGAGGUAUAAUCUGCAGGUACUGGAGGCUGAGGGCAACAUGAAGCAGGCUCUGGGUGAGCUGCAAGCGCAGCACCCCCAGCUGGAGGCCGUCCUGAUGGGCACUCGCCGCACUGACCCAUACUCCUGCAGCCUCUGCCCCUUCAGCCCCACAGACCCAGGCUGGCCUCCAUUCCUGCGUGUCAACCCGCUGCUGGACUGGACCUAUAGAGACAUCUGGGAUUUUCUGCGUCAGCUGUUUGUCCCAUACUGUAUCCUGUAUGAUCGAGGGUACACGUCUUUGGGGAGCCGGGAGAACACAGUAAGGAACCCGGCCCUGAAGUGCCUGAGCCCUGGAGGACACCCCACCUACCAGCCCGCCUAUCUACUAGAAAAUGAGGAUGAGGAGCGCAACUCCCGCACGUGACCUGCUGCCCCUGGAAGGAGGGGAGGAGGCUAUCCCUGAGUGUGACUGUCAAUAAACCUGCCUCUCACUGUG